AGACUGGAAGAGACCUGAGACCGGAGAAACCCACCGGAGAAUAGUAUAGAAUUUAGUGUCUUUGUACCUAACACUGUGACGGAAAAACCGUAAAAUGUUGUCAAAGGUUUUAUUGAAUAGUAAGAGGACACAUUCAAGGCAGUUUUUAAGAAAGCUGACAAAGCUUUCUGGUUUAAAUGAUGUAGUUAUAGCCAGUGCAGUACGUACCCCAGUUGGAUCCUUUCUCGGUAGUCUUGCUCCUCUUCCUGCUACAAGGCUUGGCUCCAUCGCCAUUCAGGCUGCCAUAGAAAGAGCAGGAAUUCCAAAGGAUGCUGUACAGGAGGUGUAUAUGGGCAAUGUGUUACAAGGCAUGGAAGGGCAGGCCCCUUGUAGACAGGCAACUUUGGGAGCAGGUUUACCUAUAACAACACCAACUACGACUGUGAACAAAGUUUGUGCAUCUGGUAUGAAAUCGAUAAUGAUGGCAGCCCAAAGCAUCAUGUGUGGUAGUCAGGAAGUGAUGGUUGCUGGAGGCAUGGAGAGUAUGUCAAAUGCACCUUAUUACUUGAAGAGAGGUCAGACUCCUUAUGGAAAGGUUGAGCUUCUUGAUGCAGUUGUGUAUGAUGGCCUUACUGAUGCAUAUGGUAAAUUUCACAUGGGUAUAUGUGGUGAGACAACAGCAAAGAAAUAUAAAAUUAGUAGGGAAGAACAAGAUGAGUAUGCUAUAAGAAGCUAUAAACUGACAAGGCAAUCUGCUGAGGCAGGACUUUUCAAAAGUGAGAUUGUACCAGUACUGAUACCGCAGAAAAAGGGUGACCCAAUAACAGUUUCAGAAGAUGAAGAGUACAGAAAGGUCAAUUUUGAUAAAGUACCAUCUCUUAAAGCUGUAUUUCAAAAAGAUGGGACCAUAACUGCUGCUAAUGCUAGUACCCUCAAUGAUGGAGCAGGUGCCAUUGUUCUGAUGUCAGCACAUGCUGCUGAGAAACACAAUAUUAAACCACUUGCCAGAAUUCUUGGUUUUGCUGAUGCAGCUAUAGAGCCAAUAGAUUUCCCGACAGCCCCUGCUUUUGCAAUACCUAAGGUUCUAGAUUCAACAGGUGUUAAAAGUGAUGAUAUAGCUAUGUGGGAGAUAAAUGAAGCAUUUAGUGUUGUGGUACUGGCUAACAUACAGAUGUUGAAUUUGGAUAUAAACAGAGUGAAUAUACAUGGUGGCGCUGUUAGUCUUGGACAUCCUAUUGGGUAAACUACCUUUAAACCUAUUACAG